GAGGAGGCGGAGGGAGGAGGAAGAGGAGGAAGAGGAGGAGGAGGAGAUGCUCGCUCUGUCCGCCCGAGGCCGCUGGGAAAUCCGCGCUUUUGUGUGAAACGCAGCGGGAUCCCGGAGCCAUGAGCGCCGCGGCCGUGUCCGUGUGGCUGGGAGCGGUUGUGACCAUCGUGUCCCGGGCUCACGCCGACCGCAACGUUUACCCGUCCGCCGGGGUUCUGUUUGUGCACGUCCUCGAGAGGGAGUACUUCAAAGGAGAGUUCCCCCCGUACCCCAAGUCUGGUGACGCCAGUAACGACCCGAUCACGUUUAACACAAACCUGCAGGGGUUUCCUGAUCGUCCGGGUUGGCUGCGUUACAUCCAGAGGACGGCCCUGAGCGACGGCGUCCUGUACGGCUCGCCCACCGCCGAGCACGUCGGCAAACCCACCGUCAUCGAGAUCACAGCGUACAACCGCCGCACGUUUGAGACCGCUCGCCACAACCUGGUCAUCAACAUCAUGGCCACCGAAGAGUUCCCGUUGCCGUACCAGGCUGAGUUCUACAUCAAGAACAUGAACGUGGAGGAGAUGUUGGCCAGUGAGGUUCUGGGCGACUUCCUGGGAGCCGUGAAGAACGUGUGGCAGCCCGAGCGCCUCAACGCCAUCAACAUCACGUCUGCUCUGGACCGAGGCGGCCGCGUGCCCCUGCCCAUCAACAACCUGAAGGAAGGAGUGUACGUGAUGGUUGGGGCGGACGUGCCGUUCUCCUCGUGUCUGCGGGAGGUGGAGAGUCCACACAACCAGCUGCGCUGCAGUCAGGAGAUGGAGCCGUCCAUCAGCUGUGACAAGAAGUUCAGAGCACAAUUUCACAUCGACUGGUGCAAGAUCUCACUGGUGGACAUCACUAAAGUGGUCCCCGUGUACGUGAGCCGGCCGGACCCCGGUCCCGGAGUCCUGCCCGAGUUCGGGGAGUACAACCCGCCGUCCGAGGCCCUGAGGAGCCGGGACUACCUGUCGGACUUCGUGGUGACGCUGGCGGUGCCGGCGGCCGUGGCCCUGCUGCUGUUUGUGGUGCUGGGGUACGCCAUGUGCUGCAGGAGGGAGGGGGUGGUCAAACGAAACAUGCAAACCCCAGAAAUCCAGCUGGUCCAGCACAGCUCCAUCCAGAAGUCGUCCAAAGAGCUGAGGAGCCUGUCCAAGAACCGCGAGAUCUCCUGGCCCCUGUCCACUCUGCCCGUCUUCAACCCCGUGAGCGGAGAAGUGGUGCCCCCCCUGCACCCGGACAGCUACGAGACCACCAGCAUGCCCCUCAUGCAGACGCAGACGAACCUGCAGAACCAGAUCACCAUCCCCCAACCACGGCAGACAGGUAAAUGGUAUUCCUGAGGAGAGGAAGGUGGCUGAAGCUCUGGACCUGUGAUCCCUGCACACUUUUCCUCUUCAUGUUUGUGUGUCCACGGCCUCCAUCAGUGACUCUGUGCUCGAGACGUAUCUGUAAAUAAUCACCGUCUUUAUAAUAAAGACUUUAUGUUUGAAUCCA